UCUUGUUCCUGCCCUCCCAUAAUGCAGCAUGGGCGAAAAUACCAGACCUAGGAGCUUCAGCUAAAGAAGCGGAGUCUUGUCCUGUCAGUGUCAACGAUUUUGGAUGAUUGAACGAAAGUGAUGCACCCACAAUGCCGAUAGUAGAUAAACUCAAGGAGGCCCUCAAACCAGGCCGGAAGGACACAGGCGAUGAAGGCGACCUUAACAAACUGUUGGCCUCCUCUGCCAAGAAGGUCCUCUUGCAGAAGAUUGAGUUUGAGCCUGCCAGCAAGGGUUUCUCCUACCAACUAGACAGCCUGAAGACCAAGUAUGUGAUCCUCAAUCCCAGGAAUGAGGGAGCCACAGGGCAGAAGGCCAUAGAGCCCGCCCAAAUAAAGAGGCAGGUCUCAGAGAAUGUGGUUGGGGGCCAGAGUGAUGGGAUCCCUGCCCCACAGAAGAUGCUCUUUCCAGGGAACAAGCUUACCCUUAAAUGGGAGCGAGUGUACAGGGUUGGAGCCGGCCUCCACAACCUGGGAAACACCUGCUUCCUCAACUCCACAGUGCAGUGUCUCACUUACACCCCGCCACUUGCCAACUACUUACUCUCCAAGGAGCACAGCCGUGCCUGUCACCAGUCGGGCUUUUGUAUGAUCUGUAUUAUGCAGAACCACAUCAUCCAAGCCUUUGCCAACACAGGCAAUGCCAUCAAGCCUGUUUCCUUCAUCAGAGAUCUGAAAAAAAUUGCCCGACACUUUCGCUUUGGGAGCCAGGAAGAUGCCCAUGAGUUUUUGCGUUACACCAUUGAUGCCAUGCAGAAAGCCUGUCUUAAUGGCUACCCCAAGCUUGACAGGCAGACCCAGGCUACAACACUGGUCCACCAGAUCUUUGGAGGAUACCUCAGGUCAAGAGUCAAGUGCUCUAUUUGCAAAAGUGUGUCUGACACGUAUGACCCUUACCUGGACAUAGCUGUAGAGAUUCGGCAAGCAGCAAACAUUGUUCGAGCGCUGGAACUGUUUGUCAAACCAGAUGUAUUAAGUGGUGAGAAUGCCUACAUGUGUGCCAAGUGCAAAAAGAAAGUGCCAGCAACCAAGCGCUUCACAGUCCAUCGAACAUCUAAUGUACUGACCCUGUCACUGAAGAGGUUUGCCAACUUCAGUGGAGGGAAAAUAACUAAGGAUGUCGGUUACCCAGAAUUCCUCAACAUCCGCCCAUACAUGUCUCAGAGCUCAGGCGAUCCUGUAAUGUACGGCCUCUAUGCUGUUCUGGUGCACUCUGGCUACAGCUGUCAUGCUGGCCACUACUACUGCUAUGUCAAAGCAAGCAAUGGGCAAUGGUACCAAAUGAAUGACUCGAUGGUGCAUUCUAGUAAUAUCAAAGUGGUCUUGAAUCAGCAGGCAUAUGUGCUUUUCUACCUGAGGAUCCCUGAUAGCAAGAAGAAUGCAGACGGGCAGACCACCAAGCAGGGAAUGUUGCACUCUGGGAAAAACAGUUUGUCAUCUGAACAGAUUAAAAAGGCCAACCUGAAUGGACCUCUGUCCUCCCCGCAGGUCACAAAGAAACUUGAGCCUGCUCAGCUGCGUAAGAUCCAGUCUAUGGACGGCGGGUUGGGCCUGCCCAUAUCUAGGAACGGCGUGAGCACCCAGCCGCAGCCAAAACUAUCCAAUGGGACCUCAUCCUCUCAUGGCCUCACCAAGCUGCCAGGCGGGCCUACGCUGAUUGAGGAACCUUUCAAGAAGCUUAAGAAGCCGUCUCCCCAGAGCCAGGCGCAGUCACGGAGCAGCACUCCUGCCCCCUCCAACGGCUUCAACAGGUCAGACGGAGACAAAAAGCAAGGCAGCGAGGGCAGGGGCAUGGCAGCAUCUACCUCAUUCAAGUCCUUGUCUGACUCUUCCUCAGCUGACACCACUGACUCGAAGGAUUCAGUCGGUCCUAAAAGUGCUCCAGUAGGAGAGACUCCCUCCACGCCUAGGAAAGGCGCCAGUGGUCCGGCGUCUCCAGCUAAGAGCUUGGAGCGUGUUCAGAGCACAGAGGAGCAGAAGACGGUGAAACUAAAACCCCCGGCACUCAGCACCAUCACAUCUGAAGCCACCAGCACCAUGUCACCCCCGCCGGCCAAGAAACUGGCCCUGUCAGCCAAGAAGGCUCACAGCCGGAGUCCGAGCAGCAUUGAUGCUCUGCCCCCCUCGCCAAGCCAGCUGUCCCGUGACCCCAUGCAUCAAACUCAACUUCACCCGCUCAACUCGGCCUCAUCCACUCACACUCACAGAGCUGGUCCAUUCCAUUCACCCAAAAUCCACUCAUCGCCUGCAGCCCUCUUUAGUGGACCCUUCAAACAGCAGAGCCUUCAGAAACAGUCCCUUCUCUCCACAUUGCAGAAACCAAACCCCAGCCUUUCUCUUAAAACCAAUGGGCAUCACUGUCCUGACCCAAAGAGCCCCAGGUCUUCCAGUAACAACAGCUCCAGUCUGCAACAGUCAGGCCUCAGCAGCCUGUCAGGACAAAUACUUAACCAAAAGAAGAAGAAGAAAAAGAAGCGGCGUCAUUCUGAGGUGGAUGGUGACAUUGUUGUGUCCGUGGCUACACCGACACAACCAAACCCUGUGCAAUCAGUUAGUGAGAAGAAGAGGAAAAAGAAGAAAAAGAAGCGAAAAAGGGAGGAUGAGGACGGUGAGAAGACAGUGAAGGAGAGAGAGUGUGUUGUGUCCCAUCUGGAAGCCCCAACUCAGGAGGAGGACUGGUGCCAGGGUGGGCCCUGGAGCCUCACAUCCCCUUCGAAUGCAGUCUCCGAGCAGUCUAAAGAAAAGCCUCAGCCUGAACUGCCUCAAAAGCCCCAGAAGCCCCAAUUAGUGCCAAAACAAUGUGAGUCAAAUCAGAAGGAACAGGGCAAAGACUCUGUGUUGUUGUUGUUGAAGAAGAAAAAGAAGAGGAAGAAGCUGCAGCUGGUGGAGACUCUGCAGGGUUCAGCUUUAGCAUCAGACAGUUCUGAGAGGAAGCCCGUAGUCAUUCAGAGUGACUCUGGAGAUUUGAUAAUGUUGAAGAAGAAAUUAAAGAAGAAGAAAAAGAGGCUAAAAGAGGAUGUUGGACUGUGGGAGGAGAGCAAGCGAUGCCCAGAUGGGCACAGUGACAAGCCUGAAACAACGGAGCCCCAUCUCAAGAACAUCACAGAGACCGAUAAAAUGAGCAGACACACUGCAGCCACGGUUGUCGUGUGGGACAGCCAGGUGAAAGACGGCUACAAGCGUUGCCAGGCGCCAGCAGCUGAGGAGAAGGGGUCUGGAGACGCCCCGCUGCCCCGUGCUGCCUCUGGAGGCUGGGAUGGAAAACCUAGCAGCAGUGUGGUAGAGGAGCUCCUCAAGAACGCCACGGAUAAGGCCUACGGUGCUAAUGUUCUCAGCUGGGAUGGAGAGGCCUCUGUUAUCAGUAAAGACGCCAUUGAGGAUGUCCGCCAUGCUAAGAACAACACUGUGAUCGACGAAUGGGAUGAAGAAUUUGAUAGUGGAAAGGUGAAGAAAAUGAAAAACUAUAAAAGGGAGAAGUGGAGAAGCGGGAGCAACAUCUUCCAGAAGAUCCAGGACAGGCGGAACAAGUGGUCUGUGACGCCCGGGGGGAAGAGGGUUUUUGGAGUCCGUCGCUGAGAGCCCAGAUUGUCAUUGAGGCUGCGUUGACUGGAAAAUUAGACAACAAACAUACCCAUCUUCUGUACUUCCUUUUUUUUGUUGUUUGUUUUUCUUCCUUGUGUUAAGUUCAGACCCAAAUUAUGGAAUAAGAGAGAGGCCAAAAACAAUGACUGCAUUUCGUGAAGCGUUUGACUGAUACAUGUUUUGUUCUCUCCGUGACCAGUUUUAACAUGACAAAAUGAAAUGUUGCCUUCAGGCCUCAGUAACGGUGACCUGGGGGAAAAACCACUCGCGUCCCUUUUUAUUUUUAUUUUUUAGCUUUUUUUUUAUUUUUUUUUUUAUUCUGAAAGCAUUACAGUAAGUGGCUCAAGCAGCUCUAUGUAGCUAGUCUUUUGCAGUACCUUGACACCACCAUGUCCCAUGAAUUACUGUAUUUGCAACUUUUGAGCCUUGAAUAAUGCUUCAGAACGUCUUGAGCUUAUAUGAAAAGUGUCUCACCCUGUAUUGCAUUUGUAAAAGCAUUGGCCAAGAAUGCGGAAGUGUAAUUGAUUGCAUAAUGUUUAACACUCCUACGAUCUUGGAGUAACUUACUGAAAACUGUACACAAUCUCAGAACGCACUGUGCUGCUUAUGUACUCAUACAGGCUCUGGGUAAGUUUAAUAAUGAGAAAAGUGACCUUGUUUUACUCCCUUUUUUCUGAAUAUCAAUACCAAAUUGCAAUGAUUCUGAUUUUUUUUUUUUUUUUUCAGUAAAACUCAGUCAUCUUAUUUUAGAUUAUUAUUUAAAUUUCUUAUUUUGAUUUUAUACCUUUAUCCUCCCUCAUUUUAUUUUGCUGCAACAUGCGAGCAACAUGGUUUGUUUUUAAGGACCCAAUUGGUCUGCAUACCCUUGGAAAACUGUAUGUAUUAAAAUUACUUAUCAAUCCUUAAUUAUGCAUGUCCCAAAUUGGCCCUUAAAGAAAAACUCCCUUCUAAGUUUCGAUAUCUUGGUUUUGUGUCCCUGUUUUUUUCUGUUCCUUCAAGGUUUUGAACACAUUUGAUUGGGGAAGAAAUAGUUAGACUGGUUUUGGAUAUACAGUCGAUACAUUUUAAAGCAUCUGACCAGGAAAAAAAUUGGUCCAAUAAUUGUAUGAAUGUUUCAACUGUUGAUGUGUUGAAAUUCCUGAACAGCACAUCAGACACUAUUUGUUUGAUCCAUUCCCCUUAUCCAUCUGUGCACCUGCUAAGUCUUCUCCUAAUUCUUUUCUCUUUGUGCAGUGUGUGUGUGUGUGUUUGCAGAGAAGACUGCAGGGAUGUUGGAAAUGUGAAUGUUGUAAAAUUGAUGAGUAACUUGGACCAGAAUAGUUCUUCUCUCCAAUGCAGCUAUUUAACUAUGUAGCUCAUCUCAUCAGUCCUCUGUUCAAAAGCUCUCAAUCUGGGAAAUUGACUUGUUUUCUAUAACAGACCUUGCCACAAACUGUUCUUAACUAAUGUACUGAAAUAAAAGGGUUACAUUUUAUACUUAAGGCACUGUGUUAGAAUGGGGCUGCAACAUGCUAAUAAUCCUCCCUUCCCCCCAUUUUAUAUCUCUAUGCAAUUUUCUGACAGUCAUGCUGGUCACAAAGGACCUGGGCUGUGCCUCAGGAACCCUGUCAUGCUGUGUCCCAUCCUCCUCUCCGAUCACACCCCACACUUCUGGACCCGUGUCAGAGUAGUGGUCCUCCCUUCAUGCCAUUUCCACCCUGUAUAAACUGUUUUACACAAGUAAUUCAGGUGUGAAAACCAUGGGAUCAUCUUCCACCUGUCUGGGCACAGAUACAUAGAGAUAUUAAUGUCAUUAUACAAGAUGCUUUGCCAGUGUAGAAGACUGUACAGUCCACCUUGUGCUUCCUGUGUUCUCUUCCAUCGCUGUAAAGAUUUGCCCAUGCAUUUACUUUCAUUCUAGAGAUGAUGCCUUGAAUUGGCUAUAAAAAAGUAUAGGAUUUAAUGUUAUAAAUAUAUAAUUUAAAGAAAAAAACAGAUCUUUAAUGUGCUACUAAUACUCAGAACAGUCGGUGGAUGUUAACUUGAGAAUUAUUCUGCAAAUGUGUUUGUUCAUUUGUGUACAAGAGAGUUCUCUGUUCCCAUGCAAGACUUUCCCGAUGUCACUGUAGUUGUGUACAGUACAAGAAAGGUUCGGAGAAGUCGAAAUUCCGUAGGAUGUGUUCAUGGGCUGUGAAACUGACUUAGGACGUGACUCUCAAAGGAACUGACACAGAAGAACAUUUUCCAGUGUGAAUGGAUGAUCCACAUGUUUGCAUUGAUGGUUCUAUAUUUUGCACCGCCUUUUCUGACCAGGGAAGAGACCUUUCAUAAUGAAAGAGACUCUUACCACAAUAUAGUUAACUAUACAGGUGCAAUAAAGUUGUGACUUUUGUGAA